AUGGCCGAUCCGCUGUCAAUGGUUGCUAGCGUCAUAGGCGUCGCUGGGCUUGCUAUAUCUACAUCACGAGCCCUUAUUUCGCUUAUCCAGGAGAUGACCGAUGCACCACAGGAGAUACUCCAUAUUCGCCGCGACGUGCAGAACCUUUCCGCGGUGCUUGGUUCUCUCCAAGAUAUCUGCGCUAAAUAUGAUUUAAAAUCGGGGGAUCUUGCGCUGGAGAGUAGUUUAACAGAGUGUAUUAACCUAUGCCAAGACAGCAUGCAAUCAAUCCAUAUACUUAUAGCGCCUCUAAAAGGGUCUAGUAGAAGAAGUCCGAUAAGGAUGAUUGGUUGGGUGAUACGGAAAGGUGAAAUCAAAGCGCUGAGGGAGAGACUUCAGGAGGGUAAAACAAGUUUGAACAUCACAAUAUCAGUAAUAAAUGGAUUCCUCGAGGGUAAAGGCCAGGAUGAGAUCAAGAGUGAUGUCCGCAAGGUCUACGAGAAGCUUUCUAUUGAGCUUCGUAGCCGAGACAGCGGAAAGAGAGUCCGAAAGAGGAUGGAAGAUGAUGUCGCGAGCGUUUCGGCCUUUGGAGGACGGCGUCAAUCCAUAUCUCAAUCAACAGACGCCGCAUUUGUUUUGGACAGGUACUUCGAUCAAUUACCAGGACCCUCGAAACCUGCAUCCCCUCUAGAUUAUCAAUCCGGUUCGCAGACAUCCAGUGAAGUACUCCUAAGUCCGUUCUCAGCAGAGCCAAUCACUUUGCUUGACGCAGUUAGAGCCAGGAAUAGCGACGGGGUUAUCCGUCUCAUUUCAAGCGGUUAUCCCACGGAUGAGAGAACGCAAGAUGGCCAAACAGUGCUUCAUUUCUGCGCCAUAUAUAAUGAUGCGGAGAUUGCCCAACUCCUGCUCAACCAUGGUGCUGAUAUCAACGCGCGUGACAAUCAGUUACGUUCUCCUCUAAACGUUGCUCUCUCAUCCGAAGCAUUGACCGUUGCCAACGUCUUAGUGCAAAGGGGAUGCUCUCUUACGGGAUCCACUGACAUGAUUUUCCCCUUGACUCAAAGGAUAGAAGAGAUACCCGUCAUUAGACCACUACUUAAAUCCCUGGCGCCAAAAUUCAACAAGUCGGCCUCUGGUCCAUACCUUGUCCAUCAAGCUCUCGAAACCAACGAUCUCCGGAGUUUAGAAAUCCUUCUUUCUGCGGGGUUCGACCCAAACAUCAGAGACAAAUAUGGCCUUCCCCCAUUAUAUCAAGCGAUGAUGCAACAGCAAAAGGAAGCCGUUCGGUUAUUACUAACCCAUGGUGCUAAUAAGAACGACUAUCUGCCACCUGAAACGGAGGAUAAGCUUGAUGAAAGCAUUCGCUCUCACCAGAAAAUGGCAACCUUUUUCAGCAAUGGAUAUGUCCCGUUAGAAAUUGCCGCGAGGGUACUAAGAGACGUUGAGAUGACCCGCAUUCUACUGGAAAGCGGAGCUAAUAUUAAUUAUGUCUACCCAGGCGACGGCGGUGUAGUACUAAGUGGCUUGGGCGACGAGGAGUAUUUCGAAUGUGCCAAGGUUUUAAUAGACAGUGGCGCGGAUAUGCAUAUCAAAGCUGACAACGGAAGAGACCCCUUUCUCUGGGCGAAUGCGUGUUCAAAUACGAAGCUGGCAGACUAUAUGCUUUCACACGGAGCCGAUGUCAACCAUUUCUACUACGACGAUUACCCAACUGCUCUGUUUCUGUGCGUGGAUUGGGACUCUAGAGAAAAUGCUGAGGUCCUAGUAAAGCACGGUGCUGAUUUGACGAUAAGGAAUAAGUCAGGAGAGACCGUAUUGGAUAUUGCUCGGUCCGCUCAACACCACGAAAUGGUAGCGAUACUAGAGCGUGCUGUUCAAUUGAAGCCUGAUAGUACAACACAAUGAAUGGAAGUCUAAUAUCGGAUCUAAGAUGCCCAAAGGAGCAGCGAUAGUUCUCUGAAACAGUUAUUACCGCAACCUGAUCAGAGACACAAAUCACUAACCUAGGCUACAUAAAUUCUGAAUCAUAACAUUUCCCGCCAUGUCUGUCUUAUUUAGUCUUGUCCCAGUCAUCUCGUCAACCUGCUCCCUGUGGUUCGCCUAGGACUAAUACGAGCUCCUGAUGCUAUUCCGCAAGCCAGAUAUACAGACGCUAAGCAACAGGCUACUCCCAUCGUACUUCACGACAUCCUUUAAUCGCGGCGCUUCUCGAGUUAUCGUCCUCCUUUCUACUACCAUUAUUUCGUGUGGUACAAUUCUACGACGUUCUCCUGGAACGGUUUUAGCUGACCGGGGUGCCUACCCUUGGUACGUUGCAGGCAUUUCGACCUAAUUAAGCCUGAUAGAUAUGUUAGUGAUAAUGAGGAUUUGCUAUAGGUCUCUUGUUUGCCGUAGGGCAUCAGUUGUGGGAUCCGUUCAUUCUUCCUAGUAUUCGAGCUAUCCAGGGAGAUGCAAAAGAGAACAAUAUUUCCGAGCUUGACAGCUGGAUUCGUGUCCAUAUAUGGCGAAGCCUUACUGUCGACUUGGCAGCUUGGGUUUGCUGCGUCGUUGCUACCGCCAAGCCUUUGUCCAAUGAAUGAGUUGUAGCUUUCGGCGUAUAAAAGAUGGCAAUGUUACUGAAUGCGGAUAAUUUAAGAUCAAUACUUAAGGUCGAU